AUGGGAUUUGAUAUUUAAAGUGAUUUUGUAACUUCAUUAUUGUAAAAUCGACAAUUUGAGAAUUUAAUAUUUUUCACAUGCAUAAGUUUGUUAUUAAAAUCAUUUAGUUUAUGUAGCAAUCCUAAGGAAAAAAAUGUUUUAGCAACUCUUGAAAUAAAAUUUAUUGCAUUAGAUAUUUCCAGAGCUACGCUAUUCCAUAUCAUAGUAAUACUAUUCUAAGAAUAAUAAAUUUUGCAAUGUUUACUAAUAUCUAUCAGUAGUAUAGCUUAAUGUUGCAUAAUCUACAAAUAUAAAUUAUGCUCUCAUAUUGAUAGAAUUAUAUACUUAAUAAUUGAAGGUGUUUUAACGGUAUUUAGUUUAAGUUUAUUUUUAUAUUUUGAUAUUGGAGAGGUUUAUUUGUCUUAUGACAACAAAAUUGCUUUAGGAUUUAUUCAGAUGGGUUUUUUAAUUAUGAGCCUAGGAAUAGUCUUUAUAAAACAAUUAUUUCCAAAAAUAUAAAAAAUUAGGAAGUUAGUUUGUGAAUAAAAGAAAGUAUAGGUUGCAAGUAGUUAAUUAUUUUCUUGA